AAAGUGGUUUAUCCUCAAUUGUUACACCCAAGUGCCCAAUCGAGUGCUCCUGUAAUGGUGUUUAUGUUGAUUGUUCAAAUAGGCGAUUAAUCAAUUUUCCCGGCAACAUUUCCUCGGCAACCAAAAAAUUCGUACUUAAUUAGCUUGCAAACUGUCAUCGAAAGACAAUUUUUUGGCGCCUUUCCCAAUCAACGUCACGUGGUAAUCACACUGUUUCUUCUUCAAUCCUUUUGUUACGUUUCUCAUUUGCUUUCAGUUUUUUUCUAUUAUUCUUACUUCAACAAAUUAAUAUAAAUUGUUAACGUUCAACAAAAUCUCAAUCUGUCAUGUCAACUUGUCAGUUUCAUCAAAAAUUGAUUAAACUAAGUGAAGAAAUAAAUCUGAUUUGUAAAAUAUAUGAAAAACAAGUUCAAUACAAUUUCACGACAAUCAAUCUGGAAACAUCUAUUGGACUCUCUCCUCUCUUUAUUUGUUUCACCAUUUUUGUUUUACUUUAUCGGACAAUUCACCAAUUCUUUGGACCAAUUUAAUUAUGAUUAUGCUCCUGAUUUUUCACCCUAUAAUAAGCUUUGUGAUUUAAAUUUUGAUGAUUACCAUCUUGGGAUUGUAAAUUGGAAAGAUACUUAGUGUCAAAUUGGUGAUACUCAAAGCUUUUCUUUGCUGCCUCUACAUGUUACACAAAUUUUAUUGCAAGAUUUGUUGCUAAUGUAAUUUAUAUUAUUGUUUAUUGUCAUUUUGAUUGAACCAAUUUUCCCUCGUAUUCCAUCUACCAUUUCUUCAAUAAGUUAUCUGUAAAAGAUUCAUCAUUUGGAAUAGCUGGACCAUGAAUUUCCUUGGAUUUGUUUUACAAGUUAAACUGUUUAAUGGAAAGAUAUUCUUGCUCUAUCACUUCGCAUCAUCUUUUUUACACUCUGGACCUGGUCACCUUAAUAUCUGUUACUACAGAUUUAGAUGUAAAUGGUAAAUUUGGUCCAAAUAUCAAUGGUCAAAUAUGUAAUUCCUGAUUGUCAUUAGUAAUGGAUGACGUGUUUUCAAGUAUUUCUCAACCUUUCAAUGAAAUCCAUAUUAUCCUUUCGGAUUUAACCAUCUACCGUUAUUGAUUUUUCACGUGAUGCUUGAUUUUCUUGAGAAUGGCUGUUCAAUAUUUUCGAUGGAUUGUGAUAGACAAAAUACAUUAAUCUGAUGGACAUUCAAGUUUAACCUUUUUCUUCAAUCAGAGAGGGAAAUAAUGAGGACAAUUAUUGAUGGUUCAAUCUUGUCUACAAAUCAACCCAUAAUGACAGUUUUCGUCUCAUCGCCAUAGCCUAUUUCUGUAUUAGAUUUGUCAACAAAGACAGUCAAUGAUAACAGUGGAAAAAUUUCUUGUUAGAACCCAUGAAAUACAAGUUAUACGUGUUCCAAGUAUAUAUAGACAAUCUUACACUGAAGAUCUAAUUGAUUUUUCUUUUCUCUGCAGAAAUCUUAGUUUCAACAAGUUAACGAGCUGGAUUAACGGAACAUUCAGAUCCUAUCCCGAUUUGACUCAUCUGUUUUUGACCAGUAAUAUGAUUGAGGAGAUUGUAAUAGGAAUGUUUGAUGGGCUUGAAAGUUUAAUACUUCUCGACUUGUCCAAUAACAAUAUCAAUCAAAUUGAUCCGGACUCUUUAAAACCACUAGUUAAGCUAAAGGAAUUAGAUUUAAGCAGCAAUGCGUUGGCGGAGGUACCUGUUGCCAUCCGGAAGCUUCCAUUGUUAAAGGAAAUAAUGAUCAAUAAGAAUAGAAUUGAAGUGAUUGAUGAAGAUUCAUUCAAUUCCAACAAUUAUCUACAACUGAUUGAAAUCAAGGGUAAUCCAUUGAAGUCUUUGGAUUAUUCAAGUUUCCUCAACUGCACAAGACUUCGUAAAAUCGUAAUCUCAGAUGGACAUGGCUUAUCUCGAUGGCCUAACUUGUCCAAUGCAAAUUCACUUCAACAUAUUUCAUUUGAUCGAACCAACAUUCAAACAGUUUCACCUUUACUGUGUAUCUCAUCAGCAGCUUUGAAAAGUUUAAUUGUCAAAUCAAGCCGAUUAAGAUAUUUGCCAGCAUUAAAUAAUUGUGCCAAAUUAGAGCUUCUAGAUUUCAGUUACAAUCAAUUAACCAUGAUCGGAGAGAAACAUUUUAUCACUCAAAGCCAAUUAACUCACCUAUUUUUAAGCCAUAAUUGGAUUCAGGAAAUUCAUGGAAACUCCUUUACAGGAUUGGAGAACCUGAAAAUGUUGGAUUUAUCAAACAAUUUAAUCAAGUCAAUCCAUCCAAACUCAUUUUUACCUCUUCUCAAUCUCAAAGAUCUCAAUUUAGGGGCCAACAAAUUUUCAUCAUUACCCACAAUUGGUUUGCGAGGUGUUCAACAAAUUAAAGUUCACAAUAAUCCUUACCUAAUCUCAUUCCCGGGACCAGAAUUUUUCCCUUCAAUCCAAGUAUUAGCUCUUUCCUAUGCCUAUCAUUGUUGCUCGUACAAUAAUCUGAUCGAUGAAGCUUCCUCAUCGUCCUCAACCAACAGAAUCAAUCACUUUGAAGAAGACAUUAUCUGGCUUCAUCGGGAUGAUGUAAACAUGUCCAUUUGGAAUACAAGUUGGCCCAAUAUUUGGUCAACCCGAAUCAAUUCAUCUUCAAGCCCAAUUUGGUCUCCGGAAACUGAUUCCUUUCUCAUGAAUAUCAGCCAAUUCUCAGAGGAAUAUCUCGAUGAUUACAAGACAGAGAUUAAUUAUGACAAUAUUGUCUUCAAAUAUCCCAUCAAGUGCCUUCCUCAACCAAGUCCAUUUACACCCUGUGAGGAUCUGUUUGAUUGGUGGACACUUCGUUGUGGAGUAUGGAUAGUCUUUCUUCUUGCUCUUCUUGGAAACGGAGUUGUUGUUGUGGUUCUAAUUUUUGGACGAUCCAAACUCGAUGUUCCCCGAUUUCUCGUCUGUAAUUUGGCCAUGGCUGACUUCCUGAUGGGCAUUUAUCUUGGCAUGUUGGCCGUUGUAGAUGCAGCCACACUUGGUCAAUACAAAGUAUAUGCACUUCCCUGGCAGCGAUCAUUUGGAUGUCAAAUUGCUGGCUUUCUUGGAGUCCUUUCAACCGAACUUUCAGUUUACACUUUAGCCGUUAUAACCUCUGAACGCAAUUAUGCCAUAACUCAUGCCAUGCAUCUGAAUAAACGUUUAUCAUUGAAACAUGCUGCUUACAUUAUGGCUGUUGGCUGGACAUUUGCUCUUAUCAUGGCUCUUCUACCUCUAUUUGGUGUCUCAGAUUAUCGUAAAUUUGCUGUUUGCUUGCCCUUUGAGAUAACAGACAUUUGGUCCAGAACUUAUGUCAUCUCUUUAAUUGUCGUCAAUGGUUUAGCUUUUUUCAUUCUCAUGGGAUGCUAUCUUCGCAUGUACUGUGCCAUCCGUGGAUCUCAGGCCUGGAAUUCAAAUGAUUCUCGAAUUGCCAAACGAAUGGCUUUGUUGGUGUUUACGGAUUUUCUUUGUUGGGCUCCCAUUGCGUUUUUUACUCUAACAGCGAUUGCCGGUUAUGAGCUUAUCACACUCGCUGAAGCCAAAGUUUUUACCGUUUUUGUUUUACCUCUCAAUUCAUGUGCCAAUCCAUUUUUAUAUGCCAUUUUCACGAAACAAUUUAAAAAAGAUUGCAUCCUUUUGUGCAAACGAAUAGAGGAAUCAAGAGUUACCCGAGGAAUAGGACGGGGUCGAAAUAGUUCCAAUUUUUCUAAUCGUCAUACUCCUGUUAAUACCAAUUCUGUGGCAGACAAGAAGAGCUCUGGAGACAGUAAUCAACUUGUCUGUAAAUGUGGCUUAGCUUCGACAGCACAAUCAACUGUCUCUAUCAAUAAAUUGUUACCUAAUGGUAGUUGCAAUGGGCAACCUUUGUUCCGUAAAAUGGCUACCAAAUGGUGGCAAGGACGAUCAGUAACCAAAGAUCUGGUUGGUAAAUUGGAUGCAACAGAUUCAGGCAGUGUUCAAAGACGUUCCAAUGCUCCCAAUAAUCGCCUGGAUUCAAUUUCAAGUGGCAACUAUUCAUCAAGAUCAGAUUCAUGGAGACACAGCUACAUAUCACCGCAAUUAUUGACUACCAAAAGAUCAGCUGCUAUGGUUAGACGUCGAUCUUCUUGGACAGCCUCUUCAUCAACAUCAACUCGCAAAUUGUCCACAACUCGGUCAAGUGUUUCCAGUGAUUCUUCAUCGGCUGUUUUUCGUCAUGAUCUAAAGGGUCCUGCGAGGCUUCCAAUAGCUGAUGACUAUCUGCUCACUUUUAAUUCAAAACAGAGGUCAAAUUCAGUUGUCAGUUCAUUGGUAAACUUCAAACCAUCAUCAGCUAAAGCAACAUUUCUAUGUCCUGAAUGCUCUCGGAUAGGAACGAUGAAACAAAAUGAAGCUUCGACCAGUAUAAAUGUCAACAAUUUGACGACCAAAUAUGGCCGAGAAACGGAAAAAAUAAUGAUGGCUGCUGUUGUCGCCUCAUCAAGAGAUUCAAAUAAGUUUUUCAAUAAACUAACUGAAUUGUCUCGGAAAGAUAAAAAAGAUUCAAAGGAAAAACAUUUCGUCUUGUCAUCAGGUGAAAGCAUUAAAAACGAGACAACUGAAACAUCAUUACAAGACAGUAUAGCAACCGAUACCCAAAUGUUGUCCAGUCGAUCUAACUCUAUAAGCUCACCAUUGACCGAGAUUCAAAUUGAGUGUACCGAUGAUGAUGAUUUCAAUGAUGACUAUGAUGAUCUAUUUAGUCCUGAACGAGAUUAUGAUAAUUCAUAUACUUUAUACCCUGAACCGGAGAGCAGUCGAGCGUCAUCCAAUUUAAGUAUUCGAACCCAAAUACCAAAGGGAGGAACAGCUAGCCCCAUAGGCGUCGGAGUAAGCUCAGAUGCUGAGCUUCAUGUCGACGAAUCGAAUAAUCUAUCUGGAUCUAGAGAGCUUACUGGCCAUGAAAAUGGAAGUGAUCAAACAGCUGAUAAUAAUCAUGAACCAAUGGGGUCGAAUUUGACCCAAAGUAGAAAAGUUUCCUCCGAUAAUUCAUUGAAAAGUCCAUUCCAAGUUAUUCCUUCACUUUUUAAAUCCUUUUCCAGUGUUGGUUCACAGAUAUUUCGUUCAAAUAAAAACGCCAAUGAAAACCAAAACUUUAAAGAAAAUCGUAAAGCUGGUAAAUCUGAGGGAAAACAGUCACAGCCUGCACAAAGGUACUUAUUAUCUCCUGAUGUUCCUGAUUGUUCCAUCCGAGUUUCUAAAUCUUGCCAAACCAUGGUUACAUCGGAAAAUUUUGAAUCAACACUUCGUAAAAGCUGCACCAUGGCUCAAUUGGCUGAUAAAAAUUGGAAUGACCAAAUUGACACAUUAACUAGUCCUAAAUUGAAAAAUGUGUCCACCAACAUGGACAAAGACGAUACCCGUGAUCUCCAUUUGGAUGAAGAUGUACCAUUAAUUUUUUUCACUCACCGAGAUGCUUGAUAUACUUGUUGUUAUUAUUGACUAUUAAUAA